AGAAUUAAAAAUCACAUGAUGUUUUAUAUACAUUGACAUUGUAUUGCAAAAGAUUCCAAAUCAAAUACUUCUUGAUGAAAAUAGGUUAAAAUGACAUAAACUUUGGCGCAUUAAUUCUGGCGUCAUGACAAGUAAGCCGUCUCUUUUAAAAGUCGUACUGUUAGGUGAUGGAGGAGUCGGGAAAUCGUCGCUUAUGAAUCGAUUUGUCAGUGAUAAGUUCGACAGUCAGUCCUUCCAUACCAUCGGUGUGGAAUUUCUCAACAAAGACGUUUCAGUUGAAGGAGGGACUUUCACACUUCAAAUUUGGGAUACAGCUGGACAAGAAAGAUUUAAAAGCUUGAGAACACCAUUUUAUAGAGGAUCAGAUAUUUGUUUACUUGUUUUUGCUGUGAAUGAUAAGCAGAGUCUUGAGAAUCUUGCACAGUGGAAAAAGGAAUUCCUUUAUUAUGCUGAUGUAAAGGACCCUGAAAACUUUCCUUUCCUUGUCCUUGGUAACAAGGUUGACAUGGAAGAAGAGAGGAUGGUGAAUGAGGAUGAUGCCAAGUCAUGGUGUCAAAUUAAUGGUGAACUACCAUACUUUGAAACAAGUGCCAAAGACAACACCAAUGUGGAUUUAUCUUUCAGUUCUUCUGUGAAAAGACAUUUAGAGCUGGAGCAAAAGUUAGACAGACAGAUGAAGAACCUUGCCCCUGGAGGGGUUAAUCUUUCCAAUCAUGAGAAAAACAAGAAAGCUUCAUCCUGCUGUUAAUGUUAGUGGAAUUCGUACAAAUGUAAUGAUGAAUGGCAAUAUUAGUAAUGAUGCAGUAGCAAUGUAUACACUUGGUAAACCAUACCAGUGCAUUCAUAUAAUUCACAUGUCAGUAUAAGUGUGACCCGUAAAGGAAUUCUCCAUAUUUGCUGACUGACAAAACCAUGGGACAUCUGUCAAUAUUUCAUAAUAUAUAGGAAACAGAUUUUGUAGAAAAUAUUAAUAAUUUGAAAUCUAAACAAAUGCAACAUAAUAUGCAAGAAUAUUAUGAGUGGUUUUAAAUGAAAUAAAUUGGAAUUCCUGAAAAAUUGCC